AUAAUUUUGAUUUUUAAUUCUAAUUUAUUACAUAAAAUUUUUUGGUUUAACCAAUGAAGAAAUAGAGCUUUUUGACUUGAAGAUAUUACUAGAGAGAAAAAGCUAAGAAGAAUUAUGGAGUAAUUCCAACUACCCAGUCAAGACACCAAAUUUCACAGUGGAGCAUUUAAGGAAGUCAUACAAGACUGUCUCCUGACUCGUGGCUGAUCCUUCAAAACCCUCUUCACCCUCCAAAUCUUUAUUUUUCAGCACCAAAUUACAACUUUUUGAUAUCAACAAAGCAAAUUCUUUUCAGACAUCAACAAAAUUGUUCAUCCUUAAAUUUUCUGGGUAGUAAUUAUCUCUAUUUAUAGUUUCCUUGUGGCUGUGCUUUAAUGGAAUGGAAUUGAAUUUUAUGUCACUGCUCUUAUUUCUUCUAGCAUGUUCUUCAAGUUCUCAACUGGUUUUAGCUUUUCAUGGUCGGAGUUUGGUUGCUUCAAAUAAAGCAGGACAUUGUCAGUCUGAUUGGAUUGUCAAUGAAAACAAUACAAGAUGCUACAAGUAUGAGCCUGAUUCGAAGUCUUGGGAUGAAUCAGAGGCUUACUGUAAGGAUCAUGGAGGACAUUUAGCCUCUCUGUCAUCGGUUAAAGAGUUGAAAUUUGUUCAAGAUCUAUGCAGAAUUAAUCGUAGUGGCUGCUGGAUUGGAGGACGAGCAAACUCUACAGCUGCACAGGGUUGGACGUGGUCAGAUAAUGAAUCUCAGCACAAUGAUUCCUUUUUUCCUAAAGUGCAGUGUGACAAUGUGCCAUGCAACAACAGAAGUGAUUCAUGUUCAUUACUGUCCACCGGAGUUGCCAUCAAUGCUGUCGCAUGCAAUAAUUCUCAUGCAUUCGUAUGCAUGGCUGAUAUUGGGCGAAAAUGCCAUGGAGGACAGUGCCACAACAUAUAUAUAAUCAUCCUGGCAGUCGUUAGUGGGAUUAUUCUCAGUUCUACCUUAGCUGUUGUGGUUUUGUUGCUUGUAUGUAGACGAAGUAAAAAACGUAGGUCCCGUAGACAAUCGAAUCUAGUGGCAUCAUCUUUAGUUCCUCCAUCCUGGAAGGUCUUCACAAUCGAGGAGCUAAAGUCGAUUUCAAAGAAAUUUAGUGAGGGUAACUGUCUUCCUGGAGAAUCCAAAACCGGAGGUACAUAUAGUGGCAUUUUAGCCGAUGGUUCCAAGGUAGCAAUCAAGAGGUUGAAAAGGUCCAAAUAUCAAAGGAAAAAAGAGUUUUAUUCCGAAGUUGGGAGAGUUGCAAGGCUUCAUCACCCAAGUCUGGUGGCUGUGAAAGGAUGCUGCUAUAAUCAUGGUGAUCGUUAUAUCGUCUAUGAAUUCAUAGUGAAUGGCCCGCUUGAUAGAUGGCUGUACCAUGUUCCAAGGGGAGGUAGAUGCUUAAAUUGGACGAUGCGGAUAAAAAUUGCCACAACCCUUGCACAAGGAAUCGCGUUUUUACAUGAUAAGGUCAAGCCACAAGUUGUGCAUCGGGACAUUCGUGCAAGCAAUGUACUUCUCGAUGAAGAAUUUGGGGCACAUCUGAUGGGAGUUGGUCUCUCAAAGUUUUUGCCAUGGGAAGUCAUGCAAGAGAGGACUGUAAUGGCUGGCGGAACUCACGGAUACCUAGCCCCAGAGUUCGUUUACAGAAACGAGCUAACAACAAAAAGUGACGUCUAUAGCUUUGGAGUCUUGCUACUCGAGAUUGUCAGCGGGCGUCGACCUGCCCAGGCCGUGGAUUCGGUUGGUUGGCAGAGCAUAUUUGAGUGGGCCACACCCCUUGUACAGUCACACCGUUAUCCAGAGCUACUAGAUCCUGUCAUAUCUAACUCAGCCUCCGACAUCCCAGAGGUAGGCGCGAUUCAGAAAGUUGUUGACCUUGUGUAUUCUUGUACUCAACAUGUUCCUUCAAUGCGCCCCCGAAUGUCUCAUGUCGUCCAUCAGCUACAACAAUUGCUUCCGUCUGCCCCUAUUGUAGAGUAAGUUUGCUUCUAACCGAACUAAAACCCCCUUCCUAAAAAUGUGUUCAUUGUGUAUUCAGAGUUUUUUAAUUUUUGAUUCCGGGGCAAGGAUAAUCCCCUACAUGCGAGGAGAGGGGGGAAUUGAUCUUUCUGUAAGAAAACCAUAAAAAAGGACUAAAACGUGGGAAAUGUUGGAGCCUCCUGCAUAAAUUUGCGACUAUGAAAUACUUUGUCGUUGUAGAUCGAAAGGAAGAAAUCAAAAGUACUGGUGGUGAAUGUAUUUUGGGUUUAAUAGGUGUAUUUAACUAUUACUUGUAGUCUAGUAUACUUAUUAAAGAUGGGCAUUCUUUCUUGAUU